AUGAUUUUCUCUCGUGCUCUGAUUGUGGCCGCCUCGAUGGUCGGACUGGUCAGCAGCCAAACUUGGACUGCCGUCAACAUCAGUGCCAUCGACCCCGCACUACGAAGCAAAUGGUGCCUCGAUCAGACUUCGUCCUGUCCCCUCCUCUGCCUUCAAAUCAAUGCCACUAGCGAUCCAACACAGAACGACUGCGACUCUGAUUCUCUCUCUUACGAAUGUGUUUGCUCCAACGGCAUCUCUCCAAACUCUUCCGAAUACUCUCAGACCAUUCCCUACUACCUCUGCUCCCAGGCCAACAACGAGUGUGUUGAUCGAUGCGACAGCUCCAACUCAGCCUGUCAGUCUGCUUGUCGCUCUGAUCACCCUUGUGGAGCUCAGAAUCCUACGCGCCACAAUGUCACUACGACCGCCAGUGCCACAUCGAACCCUACCAACAAUGCUGCUACGAGCACGACUCUGGCCGCAUUCACAGGGGAGGCCACGAACAAGAACAAGAACGCGGCAGUCAGGGCCUCGUCCGUUGACAUAGGCCAUGUGUAUGGUCUGUGUGUUGUGGUGGGUGGCUUCAUUGCUGGAUUCGCAGUGUUGCUACCUACCGUGCCGUCGACGCAGGCGUUGCACGUGCACCACGACGACGCCAUGGACUCAACACUCCCAGAUGCUUUUGAUUCAUCUCAACCUGGUUUAUACGCAGGACAGGCCUCUAGUGCGGGGAUGGUUGAUCCAGAGGGUUCAAAUGGGAACAUGAUAGCAUCAGCGCCUUUUGUAAAGGUUGAUGAUCCACCGAAGUUUGAACUUGAGUCAUACAUUGCGAACUACAACGGACGGACCAAAUUCAAUCGCUUGUACCUCAUAGGCACUUGCUCCACGUAUCUCUCCACGGAAGCGCUCAAGGCCGCGGUUGCUGAAGCGAAGUCAGGAAAGGAUGUCGUCAGGUACCAACAGGCUGUCCGUGCACUGGCCGAAGUCUCUCCGAAUGAACCUGAAGCGAUCGAGGACACGAAAUGGGUGGACCAUAUGCAGAGAGUUGUGAAGUCUGAGACGGACCGGUUAGAGCACGAGCUGAGGGGCUAUAAGAACAAUCUGAUCAAGGAGAGCAUACGGAUGGGCAACGAAGAUCUCGGACUACACUACCAUCAGAUCGGCAACCUGGUGGCCGCUUCCAAGGCCUACUCCCGCAUGAGGGACUACUGCACAACACCCAGCCACAUCGCGUCUAUGUUGUUGAAGAUUAUCAAUGUGGCAAUCGAGCGGGGAGACUGGUUGAGCGUACAAUCCAAUGUGCACCGGCUGCGCAACCUCCAGUCGAAACCGGAGGAGCAGGCGAAGAAUCAGCCUAAGAUGUCAGCCGCCUUGGGUUUGUCCCAGCUGCACUCCGGAUCGUACUUGGAUGCUGCGAACAGUUUCUUGACCACUGAUCCAUCGCUUGGGGAUUCGUACAACGAAGUCGUGACAUCGAAUGACGUGGCGGUCUAUGGUGGGCUCUGUGCUCUGGCGUCCAUGGAUCGUAACGAGCUCCAGCGCCGCGUACUUGACAACAACUCGUUCCGCAAUUUCCUCGAACUAGAACCGCAUAUUCGCAGAGCGAUCUCCUUCUUCUGCAAUUCGAAGUUUCGACCCUGUCUGGAGAUUCUUGAGUCCUACAAAGCCGAUUAUCUACUUGACAUCCACCUUCAACGUCAUGUCAGCACCCUUUUCACCCGUAUCCGCACCAAGGCUAUCCAGCAAUACCUCGUUCCUUUUAGCCGCGUGACGCUCGAUUCCAUGUUGAAAAUCUUUGCUCCGGGGGUCGCUGGCGGCCAAGCGCAUCCGACCGACUUCAACUCCCCGUUCGUGCAAGAGUUGAUCAGCCUGAUCCAGGAUGGGACGCUGGAUGCUCGGAUUGACUUGGAGAAAGGCGUGCUUGUGUCCAAGCAGACUGAUCUACGGACAGACGUGCAGCGAGCAGCAUUGGAGAGCCUUGUCAACUUCAGAAAAGAGGCACAUCUCCGGCUGUUGCGGACUAACAUCCUUCGUGCGGGGCUAGAGGUGCGGGCACCCGGAGACGAGAGAAAGCUCAGGCCAGAGGAUCGAGGCGUUGGGAAGGGAUUGGCUGGGCUAGGGGGCAAGUACUCUCGGUGA